GUUUUGAACGCGCCACGGUCGAGGCCAGUCGCCAUGUAUACCGCCAUCCUAUUGUUUACCAUCAUAUCAACGUGUAAGUGCGAUGUGGACUUUAGUGAAAGGCCAAGAAACUUUAGUAUCGAACUGGUGCACUUCACCCAAUUGGAAAGCGAUGGUCAUGUCGUGAUUUCACCCUUCGGAAUAUGGUCACUUAUUACUGGAGUAGCCUUAGGAACAACUGGAGAAAGCUAUAGACAGUUAAGCCGAGCUUUCAUAUUACCGAGAAGCCCAAACACGUUGCUACAAGGAUACAAAGCUUUGACUCAAGUUGUACUUAAUCCUAAUACGAAUGGAGUAACUAUGACGAGCAAGAAUUAUGUGUUUUUGGACGAUGAUUUUGAAAUCCAUCCAGCAUUUAGAAAAAUUGUACAAGAUGAAUUCGGAGCGGCUGUUAAAGUGCUUGAUUUUAAUGACCCAAGUACAGCGGCAAGGAUUGCAAAUAAUUAUAUAGUUAAUUCAGGGGGCGGUAGAGUCGCCAACGUCUUAAAAUCCGACGACUUCGCUGAAUCAAGAAUGAUAUUGACCAAUGUGAUAUCUUUCAAAGGACUUUGGAGUUCGCCAUUCAACAAAUCUGACACAGCGAGAAGACCUUUCUACAAUGAAGAUAAGGUGAUAAUAGGAGAAGUGAACAUGAUGUAUCAGAAAGGCGCGUUCCCAUUUUCAAGUAUCCCACAGUUGAAAGCUUUUGUUCUCGAAUUACCGUAUGGUAAUGACAAUAAGUAUUCCAUGCUUUUCGUUUUGCCACACAACAACGUGAAAGUAGUAGAUAUGUACAAAAACUUCGCUACAGUGUCUCUUAAAGAUAUUCAGCAAAAAUUAGCAAGUGACGUUGAAGAUUUUGGCCUAGUGGAUAUUGAAGUGCAAAUUCCAAGAUUCCAGAUUAGUACAAACAUUGUAUUGAAUAAGCCAUUGAAUAAUAUGGGUGUUUAUGAUAUUUUUGAGCCUGACAGAGCCUCGUUCCAGAGGAUAACCGACAAGGAUAUCUUUGUUUCAGCUAUUAUUCAUAAAGCUGAUAUUGAAGUAACUGAACCUGGAACGGUAGCAUCAGCUGUAACUACUGCAAUUUUAGCAGAUAGAAUAUCAUCACCUAAAUUUGAUGCGAACAAGCCUUUUGUUUACUUUGUAAUUGAAAAAACGACGUCUACAGUUAUUUUUGGUGGCAUUUAUUCUAAACCUACUGUUUAUUCCGACUUGCCGUCCGCCGCGUACUGCAGGAUUAUGAAUGUAGUCGCAACGUGCAAGCCAUGGUGCAGUCCUGAAUCCGUAAGCGCGUCAUAUGCAGGAAUCCUGCACAUCCUGCAGCAGGAUAUUUUGAACGCAACACGGUCGAGACCAGUCGCCAUGUAUACUGCCAUCCUAUUGUUUACCAUUAUAUCAACGUGUACGUGUGAUGUGGACUUUAGUGAAAGGCCAAGAAACUUUAGCAUCGAACUGGUGCACUUCACACAAUUGGAAAGCGAUGGUCAUGUCGUGAUUUCACCCUUCGGAAUAUGGUCACUUAUUACUGGAGUAGCCUUAGGAACAACUGGAGAAAGCUAUAGACAGUUAAGCCGAGCUUUCAUAUUACCGAGAAGCCCAAACACGUUGCUACAAGGAUACAAAGCCUUGACUAAAGUUGUACUUAAUCCUACUACGAAUGGAGUAACUAUGGCGAGCAAGAAUUAUGUGUUUUUGGACGAUGAUUUUGAAAUCCAUCCAGAAUUUAGAAAAAUUGUACAAGAUGAAUUCGGAGCGGCUGUUAAAGUGCUUGAUUUUAAUGAUCCAAAUACAGCGGCAAAGAUUGCAAAUAAUUAUAUAGUUAAUUUAGAUGGCGCUAAAGUCGCUAACGUCUUAAAAUCCGACGACUUCGCUGAAUCAAGAAUGAUAUUGACCAAUGUGAUAUCUUUCAAAGGACUUUGGAGUUCGCCAUUCAACAAAUCUGACACAGUGAGAAGACCUUUCUACAAUGAAGAUAAGGUGAUAAUAGGAGAAGUGAACAUGAUGUACCAGAAAAGCGCAUUACCAUUUUCAAGUAUCCCACAAUUGAAGGCUUUUGUUCUCGAAAUACCCUAUGGCAAUGAUAAAAAGUAUUCCAUGCUUUUCGUUUUGCCAUACAACACCGUGAGAGUAGCGGACAUGUACAAAAACUUCGCUACAGUGUCUCUUACAGAUAUUCAGCAAAAACUAGCAAGUGACGUUGAAGAUUUUGGCCUAGUGGAUAUUGAAGUACAAAUUCCAAGAUUCCAGAUUAGUACAAAUGUUGCAUUAAAUAAGCCAUUGAAUAAUAUGGGUGUUUAUGAUAUUUUUGAGCCAGGCAGAGCCUCGUUUCAAAAAAUAACGGACAGGGAUAUCUUUGUUUCUGCUAUUAUUCAUAAAGCUGAUAUAGAAGUAACUGAAUCUGGAACGGUAGCAUCAGCUGUAACUACUGCAACUUUUCAAGAUAAAAUUUUAUCAACACCUAAAUUUGAUGCGAACAAGCCUUUCGUUUACUUUGUAAUUGAAAAAACGACAUCUACAGUUAUUUUUGGUGGCAUUUAUUCUAAACCUACUGUUUAUUAAUUUUUACGUUUUCAACACCGUAUACUUAAUAAUGCCUGUUUAUAAAUAUCAUACCUCAUAUGCCUCAUAUUCGUUUUACGGUAUAAUUGCUCUGUACAGGAGCCACAAAUUAUUUUAUAUGUAAAUGUGAUAGAAGAUUGUGUUAAGUCAGUGUUAUAAUUUAUUAAUGAAACAUAGUAAUCUAUAAUAUAAGCCAUUUGCCUUAUAUGUCAUAUGAAAGUACAUCAACGAUUAUUCCUUGUUUAGUUGUUUGUGCGUUAU